AUGGCCGCUACUCUGUGUCCACUGCUCCAAGUCAUUCAACAGGAAGAUAUGUGCAGCUAUGAAAAUUGGGCGCUAAGACUAGUGAAUGGAGAAAGCCGCUGUGAUGGCCGAGUUGAAGUUUACUCUCAUGGAAGCUGGGGCGGAGUGCAGGACACCGUGUGGGAUCAGAAUGUUGCCAACGUUGUCUGCAGACAGCUGGGAUGCGGUUAUGCCUCAGAAAUAUAUAAUUCUUCAAAGUACGGGGAGAGUGAUGGUGGUUCGUGGGUACAUGUUGUCCAAUGUCAUGGACAUGAAUCACAGCUCCAGGACUGCAGGAUCUCCAACACAUUGAAUUCGUCUGACAUCGAAGGCAGUAGCAUAGGGGUCCUCUGUUCAGAUCACUUUCAGUUAAGGCUGUCAGAUGGUGGAAGUCCUUGUGCUGGUCGAGUGGAGAUUUACUACAAUGGAAUAUGGGGCUCAGUUUGUGAUGAUUCAUGGGAUGUGGUAGACGCUGACGUCGUUUGUAAACAACUGGGUUGUGGAAAAGCACUGGAUAUGACACUCCCUUCCUCCUCUGGACCGGGCUCAGGCCACAUUUGGUGGAAGGACGUGAAGUGUUUUGGAAACGAAUCAUUUCUCUGGGAAUGUCCUUCAGUCCCAUUGGGUCACCAAGACGACUGUUCUCAUAAAGAGGAUGUGAGAAUUAUGUGCUCGGGACACAAGGAGCUGCGGCUGGUGAAUGGAAAGCAUCGCUGUGAGGGAAGAGUGGAGGUGUUCUACAAUGGGACCUGGGGAACAGUGUGUUCAGACACAUUGGAUUCACACGUUGCCAAAGUGAUUUGUAAACAGCUUCACUGUGGUGCGUUCCAGUAUGUUGAAUACGACGCUCAAUCAUUCGGAGCAGGAACGGGAACUAUUUGGCUCGAUGAGAUGGAGUGUCUGUCACACGAGUCGACACUGUGGCAAUGUCACACAGAUCCGUGGGGUCAACACGACUGUCAACACCGGGAAGAUGCUGGUGUAGUUUGUUCAGAGAGCAAAGUGACAAAGGAGCAGUCCCUCAGUUCAACUUACUGCCAUCAACAAUUAGAUACGCAAGACAGUGUGCUCUUGCAUGGAGGAAGCAGCAACUGUUCUGGAAGAGUGGAAAUCAUGUGCGAUAAACGCUGGGGAACGUUGUGUGGCAAUUCCUGGGAUAUAACUGAUGCUAAUGUUGUCUGCAGAGAGCUGGGAUGUGGCUUCGCUCGAUCAGCCCGAGAUGAGGCCGCUCUCUCCCAGGAGAAAGAUGUUAUCUGGCAGAAUGAUGUGAAGUGUAAGGGAAGAGAAUUCUCUCUGUUGGACUGUCUCUCCGCAGCUCCAGCUAAAAGCAAGUGUAACCACAAGGAAAUUGCCAGUGUAAUGUGUUCUGGAUCCGAGUUGGUGACGGUCUCCCCUUCACCUCCACCUGCGGGACAGGAAAGUCCGUCUAUUUCCAUGCCAGUUGUCGUCUGUUCAUCUUUGGGAGUCUUGUUAAUCUGUGAGUUAAUCGCAUUACUGGUGGUCAUGCAAAGAAAAUUGCAAAUGAAAGAACUUUACCUUGGUGGCAGAGGCUCACGCCUUGGUUUGUACCAAGGAAUUUAUGAAGAAAUUGAGAAUAUUCCCCCUUGCAAGAGGACGGAUCACAAACAUGGACCAGUAAUUUAUGCUUCCAUUGACUCACUCAAUCGCAUUGAAUACUACACCAGUCACAACUUGACUGACUAUAAUCCCGGAUCUGAAAAUCUUGAGGUGAAAUCUAACAGCAUUCCAGGUCGAAUUCGUGGUGAGUAUGACGAUGUUGAGACUGAAGAUGCAGAAUGUCAUGAUGGAAAGUUACAAUUGGACAGUGAUCCUGAUGAACCACUCACACUUACAGAUGAUGACAGUGGUCUUUGUUCACUCGGUAGAUUUUAGGAGCUAUUUUAUCAUGGGACGUCCUAAUAUUGCGAGAAGUCGCCGACUAUCGUUUUGAAUCUGCAAAAUAUUUUUCUCAAUACAAGGUGCAACUGGUUGUAAUUCAGUAGCAUUUACUUUGGCAUUGAAAUGUAUAUAUUUACAUAUAUAUAUCCUUUUGAAAUGCAUUUGAAUAAUUGCAUGUUGUGUGUUUAAUGAGUUAAAAGUGGGAAUAAAGAGAGUGCAUCGAAGUUUUUUUUUUAUGUGUGCAUAUAUUACGUAAUUCAUUUCUCAGUGUAGAUUUAUGAACUCACAAUAGUGGACGAUGGUCCUGUGGUUUGUCAAUGAGGUAUUGAGGAAAGUCCAUGUGAAAUUGCUUUGCUUUCUCAUACCGCAUGAAGGAGGCUUUUAAACUUGGCAAGCCAAAGAAUUCUAUGAAGUGCUGUUUUGCUGUUUUUUGAAUGAAAUGUUCUCUCCAUUAACAUAUCGUCCAUGAACUGGGAAUAUUUCUGAAAGUGAUG